GCACUUUGUAGCAUUUAUAGAGAGGGCACUUAAUAAGAUUUUAGCUUCUCAUACUGAACCUGAUGUUGGCCAUAGUGUCUAUACUGAUCACCGACUUGGACUUAUUCAAUCUUCUGAUCCACAUAUGGAGGUAUUAAGCAUAGAGUUGUGUGGCAAUGGAGGCGUUCUGUUCUUAUUCUGGUCAGGCCGUCAUGGACUUAAAGUUAUCGGGCUCAAACAAUAUUUCCUCAUACAUGGAUGCUAUCUCUUUGAAUAAGUGGAUAUAUGUCUUUGAAUAUUACAACUGCUGCUGAAAGUGUAUCCUACCUAGAUGAGGUGGCCAGCAACACAGCAACUCAGGAUAUAGCAAAGUUUGUUGGACUCGAGGUUCUUGCGUUGCUAAAAAAUUUGUUUAAUGCUCCCUCUGAGGCAAGCUAUCCGAAGGGGCAACUGGAACUUAAUGCAAUGCGCUUGGCAGAUGUCUUCUCAGAUGAUUCAAAUUUUAGGUCAUUCAUCAUGAUAAACUUUGAGCUUGGAAAGGAGUGGACAGAACAACUAGCUUCCUAUAUUGGACUCUCAAACCAAAUGAAAUGCGUGUAUUUGGUGUAUAGUGUGUGGAUCUGUUUAUAGUGUUUCUAAUAUAUGUAUAAUGUGUGUAGUGCAUGUGUUUUCUUAGCAUGCAGUGUGUGUGUUGUGUUUUUGCAUUUGAAGUGCAUGUAUUUCAUGUGUAUGUGUAUGUAUAUGUAGUAUGUGUAUUUUGUGGAUACUAUGUGCAGUCUAUAUGCUUGGUAAAUUUUAUU